UUUAGUAUUAGUUUAUGAAAAAUUUAAAUUAUCGAAUUACUUGAAUUAAUUCUAUAUAAUUUUAAAUUUGAACAUCCGUCGACAACCAUUGACAAUUUAUUUCAGUUUCAGCGUUUAGGCAACUUCCGUAUUCCAUUUUUAGAUCAAAAUAUUAUUAGGAUCGAACGUGAAAACUAUAAUACAAAUUCCAAGUUCUCAUGCCAACUCUAGUACUCUACUAUACUAUAAUAUAAUAUAGAACUACUGACGAGAUUUACUGUUCUAAUAUAUUUUAGUACUUAGUUUUAGACUGACAGUGCAAACAUCAAAAUGGCAACUCCAAACAACAAUAAUGCAACUGAUGAAGAAAAAAUUGAUCCAAUGAAAGAUGUACGUGCUGGAAUAGUACGUGAAGUGGGUGGUCAAGCAAUAUGGAGUCUAUCUUCAUGCAAACCUGGUUUUGGUGUGGACCAGUUAAGAGAUGAUUGUAUGGAAACUUAUUGGCAGUCAGAUGGCCAACUUCCACAUUUGGUUAAUAUUCAAUUUAGACGUAAGACAGUUGUGCGUGAUAUAUGCAUUUAUAUUGAUUAUAGAUUAGAUGAAAGUUAUACACCUGGUCGUAUAUCAGUACGUGCUGGUACUAAUUUCAAUGACUUACAAGAAGUUGAGGUAGUUGAACUGAACGAACCAAAUGGUUGGGUAAGAAUAAUGACUAAAGACAUCAAUGAUUUACCAUUAAAAACUUAUAUGCUACAAAUCGCUGUUAUUACCAAUCAUCAAAAUGGAAGAGAUACACAUAUGAGACAGAUUAAAGUACACUCGCCAAUUGAAAAGAAGGAUCUUCUCAUUGGUAAUUUUAGCACUGUUGAAAUGAGACAAUAUACAAUCAUAAAAUAAAUUAUUUUGUUUUAUUAUUUGAUUGCUAACAUUUAUACUAUAAUUUACAGUAUAAUAUUACUAUAGAAUAAUUAAAUUACAAUGAAAAUAUUUGUAUAGUCACUAAAUGCUAAGUUGAUUUUUGACGUAAAAUGUUAACAUUUUUACUUAGUUAUUAUAUUAAUUAUUAUUAUUAAGAACAUACAAAUUAU